GCGUCCGGCGCGCCCUUCAUUGAAGCGGCGGUGGCCGGGCUGGGCGCCGGGAGUGGGAAGCGGCGGCGCGGCUGGAAAAUGCCAGUCCACUCCCGAGGGGAUAAGAAGGAGACGAACCAUCACGAUGAGAUGGAGGUGGACUACGCCGAAAACGAGGGGAGCAGCUCGGAGGACGAGGACACGGAGAGCUCGUCGGUCUCCGAGGAUGGAGACAGCUCAGAAAUGGAUGAUGAAGACUGUGAAAGAAGAAGAAUGGAAUGUUUAGAUGAAAUGUCCAAUCUUGAAAAACAGUUCACCGAUCUCAAGGAUCAACUUUAUAAAGAACGAUUAAGUCAGGUGGAUGCAAAACUACAAGAAGUCAUAGCUGGAAAAGCACCAGAAUAUUUGGAACCACUGGCAACUUUACAAGAAAAUAUGCAAAUUCGUACAAAGGUAGCAGGAAUCUAUAGAGAGCUCUGCCUAGAAUCUGUAAAGAACAAAUAUGAAUGUGAAAUUCAAGCUUCUCGCCAGCAUUGUGAGGUUCAUUUUUUACUGCUUGAAGAACAUCCUAUGUGUUCUUUCACUGAGAGUCUCUUAGUGAGUGAAAAGCUUUUGUUAUAUGAUACAGUGCAGAGUGAACUGGAGGAGAAGAUAAGGAGGCUGGAGGAGGACAGGCACAGCAUUGAUAUCACCUCAGAGCUGUGGAAUGAUGAGCUCCAGUCAAGAAAAAAGAGGAAGGAUCCUUUCAGUCCUGACAAGAAGAAGCCAGUUGUGGUUUCAGGUCCAUAUAUAGUUUAUAUGCUACAAGAUCUUGAUAUUCUUGAAGACUGGACAACAAUUAGGAAGGCAAUGGCUACAUUGGGUCCACACAGAGUAAAAACAGAACUUUUUGAACUGAUCCCUUUAGCACCUGUGAAACUGGAAAAACAUCUACACAGUGCUAGAUCUGAAGAGGGAAGAUUGUAUUAUGAUGGUGAAUGGUAUAUACGUGGACAAACGAUAUGUAUUGAUAAAAAGGAUGAAUGUCCUACAAGUGCCGUAAUUACAACAAUUAACCAUGAUGAAGUUUGGUUUAAGAGGCCUGAUGGAAGCAAAUCUAAGCUUUACAUUUCACAGCUACAGAAAGGAAAAUAUUCAAUUAAACAUUCAUAAUCAUGAUUUAAGUGUUAUCUAAAGCUACCUUUUUAGUGUUACCGAGUGUGAUGUGCCAUGGGAGUAAAAGACGUAUUCAAUAACUUAAUAUUCUCGUUGACUCGUGAGAGACUGUGUAUUUGUAGGUAGUGCUCUAAGUAGACCUCAUGUUGAUAUGUUAUUAAGAGACAGUAAUAAAAGUUUAAUCAUGAUCAUUGCAUUUAUUUGCCUUUUAGGUCCAAUGACCAAUAGGUAUAUAUGGUAGGGGUUUCUUACUGAACUUUUUUUUGUUUUUUAAAAACAUUAUGCAAAUCUGUCUUGUCUUUAGUGAACUCUGUUGCUAAAUGGCUGCAUUUGUCUGCAAUUUUUUUGAUUUUCCAUAUCUUUGUCACUCAUCGUGUUUGUGAAUAAGCCUGAUAAAAUGUUUCCUAUAAAUGGUUUGUACUAGUACAUUCGUGUUAAAUCAGAACAGAAAUUUAAACAUAUAUACGUGAGUAUGUACAUUCGGCAUCAUCAGCUUGUUUAGAACUGAUGGCCUUACUCUACAAUCUUGUUUUACCCCAAAUUAAGCUCUUGGGUUUGAAAGCUAAAAGGAGCACUUUUUGUAGACUAGCAGCUUCCCUCUCCUCUUCCUUGACUGUACGGUGUUGACCUAUCUUUACAAAUUACACUGAAUGUUAAUUAGUAACAUUAGUGUCAAGUAAUAACAUGCUUCUACCUGUUUCCCGUGAGCCUUCGGAGGGCAGGUUUUUAUGCCUGGUAUUUAUGAUGCGGUAGUAAGUGGUGGGCAGUAACUGACAGUAUUGUGGUGCUUGCUGUACAUGUCUGAUCUUUUGAAACAGAUUUUUAGCAAGCAUUUUCUAGAGGUAAAACUAGGUUCUUAUCCUAAUUUUAUUCCCUAGGGCAAGAUAGGCAGGGAUAGUGUCCUUGAAUCUAUUCCCAGAUCUUUGGUGUUUCUACACUUUAAGGCCACUUAGUGCAAUUUAGGAAUCAUUGGCCUCUCUUCCCUUAGCCACAUUCAAAAUUAACUUCUAAAACCUCAGGAACAGUAGGAAGAAUCGAAACCCUCACUAUGGCAGCACAAUUGGCUGUAGUAUCUAUUAGGGGACAACCAAAUCAAGUAUUCCUGGUGGUCUUGUGCACUUUAAUUUCUGUUCUAGUGAGACUUAAGAGGAUGAGGAAGAGAUCUACUUAUUAACACUUAGGGCAGGAAUAUCUGCAUUAUUCCGUUUGUUUUCUUACUAUUUUACCUCUGCAAACAUUUUUCUGUGCAGAUCACUACUUCACAGUUGCCAAAUGUUAAAAUAUUUGACUUCUGAAAUUCGUUAUCAGCAAAGUUAUGUACGUUGUUCUAUUUCUAAUUAACCUUAGCAAAUGUACAUAAUGUCAUAAUCCAAUAGUAUUUGACAGUACUUAUGUAUACAAUGUUUCAUAAGCAUUUUUAAUAAGAUUUGUAUUUUUAAAUUUAGUAUAUAAUAAAAAGAUGUGUUUGAGUGUC